ACACUAAAAGUUUCAAUCAAAUCUGCUUACUGCCACUGAUCGAUGAUCAUCUCCGCUCCUCCACAGCAAGAUAAUGCUGCAGUUUAUAUUCGUUGUAAUUAUAGGUCUAAGUCUGGGAAAUGCUGCAGCCCAGGAUUUGCGACGUGUGGACGACACUGAGUUAAUUCAGCUUCUCACCGGCAACAGUAAUGUGGUCGUCCUAUUCAACAAAAACAAUUGCCAGCGCUGUUUGGAGUACGAGAAUGUGGUCACUAAGAUACACCCACAACUGGAGGAGACUCUGUCUGCCGUUGUGGUGCAGUCGGUGGACGGUAACCUGGUUUCCAUCUACGACCCGAGCAAGGAACCGGCUCUGGUAUUUUUCAGGCGAGGAAUACCCAUCCUCUACCACGGCGAAGUCAACGAUGACGAAAUCCUAGACUUCUUCAAUGACAAUUUGGAGCCAGCGGUCAAAGAGCUUUCCGACGACAACUUCGAGCACCUGACUCAGGCCUCAUCGGGGGCCACGACCGGGGACUGGUUUGUCUUCUUCUAUUCCGCCGAGUGUACCGUCUGUCAGCGUCUUUAUGCCGUCUGGGAAUCUGUGGGUGGAAAGCUGAAGCGAAAGUUGAAUAUUGCCCGAAUGAACAGCUUGGAGUCGGGAUCUUCAACCGCUAAGAGGCUGGGAGCUUUGGAAUCGCCGGCUUUUAUUUUCUUGCGGCAGGGAAAGAUGUACCGGUACUUGGCCAAGCAAUACAGUCCCGAGGCCUUUGUCCAGUUUGCUGAGAAGGGAUACUUAACCCAGAGCCAUCCACAGCCAGUGCCAGAAAUACCCAGUGCCGUAAACGAUUUAUUGGGCCCACUCCAAAGUUAUUUCAAACUUGAAAAUACAACAUCGUUGGCGACUUUAGGAAUUUUCGCAUUGGUUGCAGUUUUUUAUCUCACAAAAAAGCUAGCUAAAAUAUUUAGCUCAGACCCAGUGAAAACGAAAAAUAAAUCUAAAUAAAAUUAAUAUUAUUACUAAACACA